AACAAAAUUUUGUUUUGUGAUGACUCUUCAUCCCUGGCAUGAUUAAUGAUUCAAACUCUUAAUUCUGAAAUAUUAAAUAUUGUUUAUACCGGCUUACAAUAGAAGGCAAUAGGCUGUCAAGUCCAUCACCAUACAAAAAUGUCUGUCAGUGAAAGUAUUCCGGUUAUCACUUUCCGAAAUUAUUUGAAUAUACUUAACGAUCCCUCUGCAAAAGAGGAAAUCAAGUUAAAAGCCACACAAGAACUAAGCGAACACUUUGAAAUGAUAAUUCAAAGCUCAUCCUAUCCAUCAUUCCUGGAAACCUCACUAAAAAUAUUUAUGCGUAUAUUGCAAGAGGGCGACCCUCAGUUCAUUCAAGAAAACACCAUGCAACACAUCCGUAAACUUAUUUUGGAGAUGAUUCAUCGACUGCCCAUAACAGAAAAUUUAAGACAACAUGUCAAAUCAAUUAUAACAAUGAUGCUCAAAAUAUUAAAAACUGACAAUGAAGAAAAUGUUCUUGUAAGCCUUCGAAUAAUAAUUGAGCUGCAUAAACACUUUCGUCCAUCUUUUAACCCAGAAAUACAACUUUUUUUAGGAUUCGUCAAGGAUAUCUAUACAAAUCUACCCAACCAUGUAACAUCUAUUUUUGAAACGUCAAACGAUAUCUGGUUAGGCGACUUAACGGAACUAAACUUGGAAAGUCUGUUACCCGAAGCCUAUUCUGUCAAAACUAUACAUGUCGAAAAACAGCUUGAUUCCAAUUCCCAACAGCCUACUUAUACCCUACUGCCUCGAGGAAUAUUAUCCCUAAAAGUUUUACAAGAGCUUCCAAUUAUUGUAGUAUUGAUGUACCAAAUAUAUAAGAAUGCAGUCCAUCAAGAGGUUUCUGAAUUUAUACCUUUAAUAUUGACCACCAUUAAUUUACAACCAACAGUCAUACAACGAAAUUCGACUCAGAAGGAAACCUUUGUCGACUUCAUGGGUGCACAAAUCAAAACAUUGUCAUUUUUGGCAUACAUUGUACGAAUAUUUCAGGAAGUGGUUAUAGCUAAUUCGCUAUCUGUAACAAAUGGGAUGCUCAACCUGAUGGCCAAUUGUCCCAAAGAAGCAGCACAUCUUAGAAAAGAACUAUUGAUUGCCGCCCGCCAUAUAUUUGCAACAGACCUACGUCAGAAGUUUAUUCCAUCAAUAGACAAAUUAUUUGAUGAAGACUUGCUUAUUGGUAAGGGAGUCACAUUGGACUCAAUUCGGCCGUUGGCAUAUUCUACGCUAGCAGAUCUAGCUCAUCAUGUUCGUCAGAGUCUAAGUUUGGACGUGCUAAUAAAAGCUGUAAAUCUGUUCUCAAAAAAUGUUCAUGAUGAGACACUUGCCGUAGGAAUACAAACUAUGUCUUGCAAGCUUUUAUUAAAUCUAGUUGAUUGUUUGCGGCAUCACAGUGAACUGGAGCCGCAGCGAUCUCGACAAAUUUUGUCAAAACUAUUGAAGGUUUUUGUAAAAAAAUUUGAAACUAUUGCCAAAAUUCAGCUACCCUUAAUCGUUCAAAAAUGCAAAGGACAAUCCAACUCUGGAGCACCCAACAAUCUUCAAGGAAACUCAACAUUACCACUAAUUAACUUGCCAGAACUAAAGGAUGAUCAGCUGACAAGUGAACAAGCUAAAGCAUCGGCAUCUGGGGCUCAAUGGGUGUGUUCAGUAAAUGUUGCUGAGUUUCGAAGCUUAGUCAAAACCCUCGUCGGUGGAGUUAAAACAAUUACAUGGGGUUUUUUUAAUUCAAAAUUUCAGAUUUCUGAUACAAGUCUUGUUACACAAGAAAAGCUUUUUAAUCCAGAGAUUUUAUGUGUAUAUAUUGACUUAGUUCAUUUUGCAAUGGAGGCUUUAGAUAUUUAUACAAUUAACGUUAAUCCAAACCAACAGCGAACUUCAGGAUUAAUAUCUAGAAGUAAAGAAGAAAAAGAAGUUCUGGAGCAUUUCAGUGGCAUUUUCCUUAUGAUGCAUUCGCAGAACUUUCAAGAAAUAUUUGCAACUACAAUCAAUUUUUUGGUGGAGAGAAUCUAUAAAAAUCAAUCCCUGCAAGUAAUAGCCAACUCGUUUUUAGCUAAUCCAACAACAUCGCCGCUUUUUGCCACCGUUUUGGUGGAAUAUCUUUUGGAAAAAAUGGAAGAAAUGGGAUCAAACGUUGAGCGAUCUAAUUUGUAUCUACGGUUGUUUAAACUUGUUUUUGGAAGCGUCAGUCUCUUUCCUGUCGAAAACGAACAGAUGUUACGCCCGCAUCUUCACAAAAUAGUUAUCCGCUCAAUGGAAUUAGCAUUGAUUUCUGAUGAGCCGUACAACUAUUUUUUACUACUGAGGGCAUUGUUUAGAUCUAUAGGUGGCGGCAGUCAUGACUUACUGUACCAAGAAUUUUUACCUCUAUUACCAAAUUUAUUGGAAGGUCUAAAUCGAUUACAAAGUGGAUUUCAUAAGCAACAUAUGCGGGAUCUUUUUGUGGAGCUUUGUUUGACUGUACCGGUUCGACUGUCAUCUUUACUGCCUUAUUUACCAAUGCUAAUGGAUCCAUUAGUUUCUGCUUUAAAUGGUUCACCUACUUUAAUCAGUCAGGGACUAAGAACAUUGGAACUCUGCGUUGACAAUUUGCAGCCUGAUUUUUUAUAUGAUCACAUACAACCAGUUAGAGCGGCGUUGAUGCAAGCCCUUUGGAAAACUUUACGAAAUCAGGACAAUGCCGCCCUUGUUGCUUUUCGCGUUCUUGGAAAAUUUGGAGGUGGCAAUCGCAAAAUGAUGGUGGAACCACAGACUCUACAUUAUGAUCAAAAUGAAAAACCAAUCAUUUCCAUUAUAACAUACUUUCAAGAAUAUGAAACUCCAAUCGAAUUUCCCGUGGACGAAGCGAUUCAUUCUGCAUUUAAAGCAUUAGGGUCUAAUUCUACUGAUCAGUUUUAUAGGCGUCAAAGCUGGGAAGUAAUCAGAUGUUUUUUAGCAGCGUUCAUUAGUUUGGAUGAUGAGAAACAUACGUUGCUAAAACUGUUUACCCAUGCAGACUUUGUGGAAAGCAAUAUAAUGAAUUGGUCAAUAUUUCAACAUAAAGUUGAGGAUGUUAGUGUGCGUGGAACUCAUCAGACUGCUCUUAUUGGAAUGUUAGUAGCUUCAGCGACGAAAGACUUGCGAGAUUCUGUUUGUCCAGUAAUGGCAGCUGUUGUAAGACAUUAUACAAUGGUAGCUAUUGCACAACAGGCGGGUCCGUUUCCUCAAAAAGGCUACCAAGUCUCUAAUGGCAUAGAUCCCAUGGUUCUAAUCGAUGCAUUAGCUGCUUGCAUGGGUCACGAAGAAAAGGAACUAUGCAAACCUGGCAUAGCUUGCAUGGGAAUAAUUCUUGAUACUGCCACAAAUAUAAUGGGAAAUAAAGAAAGAGCAUGUAGAUUACCUUUAAUCCAGUAUUUGGCAGAAAAAAUGACAUCCUUAUGCUAUGAUCGACCUUGGUAUUCAAAGGUUGGUGGCUGUCAAGCCAUUCAGUUUUUAUGUAAGCAUAUGUCUCUGCGUGCUCUAUAUCAACAUCUCUUCAACUUUUUGAAAGCAUUCAUGUUUGUGUUAAUGGACCUAGAGGGAGAUGUUUCCAAUGGGGCCAUCGAAAUUACAAAAAAUUAUAUGAAGACCGUGCUGGAAAUUUGCUUAAGCCCUAUUAGUGUAAGUUAUAAAAAUGAUGAUCUUAAAGACUUGCAAACAAAGGCCACAUAUGAAGUUAUUCACGAACUAGUUCGACAUAUUACAAGUCCUAAUGGGAUUGUAAGAGAGGAAUCUAUGAUACUCUUAAAGCAUAUAGGAGCAAUUCAAUCUAAAACAGUAUCGGAAGUUAUGGACCCACAUAAAGAUGUACUCGCUGAUAUAAUACCACCAAAAAAACAUUUGUUGAGACAUCAACCAGCCAAUGCACAAAUCGGAUUAAUGGAUGGAAACACGUUUUGUACCACCUUGGAACCAAGAUUGUUUACGAUUGAUUUAUCAAAUACCUAUCAUAAACUAUUUUUUCACGAGUUGCUCACGUUAAGUGAAGCUGAAGAUGCAACAUUGGCCAAAUUGGAUUGUUAUAAAAACGUGGCCAAUCUCAUACCUCUCAGGACUAGUGCUUUACGUGCACUGGCUGCAUGUCAUUAUAUAUCUGAUAUUGGUUAUAAAGAAAAAAUUAUUAAUAUAAUUUUUAAAGUAAUGGAAAAUGAUAAAUCAGAGCUUCAAGAAACUGCGUAUCUCUGCAUGAAGCAUUUUAUAACUGGAAUCACACUUGAAAAAGAAAAGAUUCAAUCUGCGAUGCGUCCACUACUUCUGAAGUUGGGAGACCAUAGGAAUUUAUCUAUUCCAGCAAUAAAGCGUUUGUCAUUUUUUACUCAACUAUUCCCACAAAUGUUUAAUGAAAAGCUAAGUGAGCAAAUAUUGCAACAUUGCACUAAAAUUAUUGAAAUAUUUGUUGGUGAUUAUAAGUGUACCAAUCAUAACACGAAUUUCUUUGCGUCAUCUAAAGGUGGAGAAUAUGAACAAAAAAUUGUCACACUUAUUGAAAUGUUUUAUCAUAUAUCAGCGUCACCAAAAUAUAUUGAAAAGCUAUGCCAACUUGUCUUGAAGACGGAAAAUAACUUGAUGAUAGAGGCAUCUAGUCCAUAUCGCGAAGCGCUCUUAAAGUUUCUUCAACGGUUUCCUGCUGAAACUGUAGAUCUAUUUAUAAUGGAAUCAAUUAUGAUGGAUGCUCAAUGGAACCGUUUUUUUAUUUUUAUUUUAAAGCACGAAAUGGGAACAUCCUUUCGUUCUGUAAUAAAAACCAGUAAAUAUACAAUAUUAUUGGCAUAUUUGAAUUGGAAUACAGAUAUCCACCAACCACAUAAAUACGAAGCUCAGCAUCAAGCCGUUUUGAUUAUUUUUACACUAAUGGAAUUAGAUGACCAAUGGAUUCCGACACGUCAGGAUAUUGUAGAUGCCCUUAAGAGUAUGUGGCAUAGUAAUUUGUACUCGACAUGCCUGGAAAAUGUGGCAUGCGAUCUAUGGCAUUUAAUUGGACGAAUACUUUUGUUAUAUUUUUCAAACAAUACAAAUGACAUUGAUCUACUCUUUCAAUUAUUAAGGGCAUUGUGUUAUCGAUUUAUUCCAGACGUCUAUUUCCUAAGAGACUUUUUACAAAAUACUGUUGCUCAAAGCUUUACGGUCAACUGGAAACGAAACGCAUUUUUUCGCUUUGUUGAAAAUUUCAAUAACAAUUCAAUUUCCGAAGAGCUAAAAGCAAAAAUCAUUACAGCUGUUUUAAUACCAUGUUUCACUGUAAGUUUUGACAAAGGCGAAGGAAAUAAACUUAUUGGCGCACCGCCGACUCCGUAUCAAGAAGAUGAGAAAAAUAUUGUUUCCGUGUUUAUUAAUAAGGUUUUUGACCCGGAUAAACAAUAUGACGAUGCAGUAAGAAUUGCUUUGCUACAGCUUGCGUGUUUACUGGUUGAGCGUGCUUCUCAACAUAUACACGAUGGUGAUGCUAAUAAUAAGAAACAGGGAAAUAAGCUUAGGCGCCUCAUGACCUUUGCCUGGCCUUGUUUACUUAGUAAAAAUUCCGUGGAUCCUACUGCCAGAUACCAUGGUCAUUUAUUGCUGGCGCAUAUAAUCGCUAGAUUGGCCAUUCAUAAGAAAAUCGUCCUACAAGUAUUUCAUUCUCUACUGAAAGGACACGCAUUAGAAGCCAGAUCAAUUGUAAAACAGGCUUUAGAUGUCUUAACGCCUGCUAUGCCAUUACGAAUGGAAGAUGGGAACACUAUGUUGACUCAUUGGACAAAAAAAAUUAUCGUUGAAGAAGGUCACGCAAUGCAACAGCUUUUUCAUAUUUUACAACUAAUAAUUCGACACUAUAAGGUUUAUUUUCCUGUUAGACACCAGCUAGUGCAGCACUUGAUUAAUUAUAUGCAACGGCUUGGAUUCCCCGCAACUGCGUCUAUUGAACAUAAAAAGCUAGCUGUUGAUUUAGCAGAAGUUAUUAUCAAAUGGGAACUGCAUCGCAUUAAAGAAGACGAACGGGAAGCGAAAAUUGAUGGAUCUGAAGAUGAACUGAUUCGGGAAACCUCAAGUAAACGCCAGGGAACGGAUUUGAUAGAGCAUAGAAAAAAAUCUGCUGAAAAUCUAAGAGAAUCCGCUGUACAAGGUGUUGGAUCAUAUACUAAAACUGAUGACGUUCUUCGAUCCAUUGAUAAGUCAUAUUGCGAUACGGUACUCAAUUUUUUAGUGCGUUUAGCAUGUCAGGUUAAUGAUCCUCAAGCUGGAAUCAUAUCACCUGGAGAAAGUUUAUCUCGAAGAUGUGUUAUGCUGUUAAAAAUGGCAAUGCGACCUGAAAUUUGGCCUCAACCCUUUGAUAUUAAACUCAACUGGCUUGAUAAAGUGUUUGCUACAGUGGAAACACCUCACCAUAAUUUAAAUAAUAUAUGCACCGGAAUUGAUUUUCUUACAUUCUUAACUACGAUAUUAAGCUCAGAACAAUUGGUGUCGAUAGUACGAUCAGUUCAACGAGGUCUAUCCUUGUGUAUUAUUCAUCAAAAUACUCGGAUUGUUCGUUUGAUGCAUAUGUUUCUUACACGACUAAUGGGUAUCUUUCCUCCGGACGCACAACAUAAACAUGAUGAUCUGGAUAUCUUAUAUAGUGCAAUUAGUAAAAUGAUAACGGACAAUCUUACAUUUUACGAAAAGAGUCCGCAGCCAAAUGCAUCGUCUCUCUUCGGAACGUUGAUGAUCUUAAAAGCGUGUACUACAAACAAUCAUAGCUAUAUCGAUCGAAUUUUGGUCCAAUUUAUUCGAGUUCUUAAUCGCUUAACAAAAGAUCACAUAAACACCAUUGGCAGUAAUAAUGUAAACAUACAACCUCCAGAUUCCAAUUCAUUAGCUUUGGAACUUCUAGUGCUUUCAUUGGAAUUGAUCAAAAACAGAAUAUUUAUAAUGAGUGUGGAAAUCAGAAAACUAUUUAUAGGGACAAUUUUGGUUAGUCUAAUUGAAAAAAGUUCAGAAGUAAAAAUUAUAAAAUGUAUAAUUAAAAUGCUUGAUGACUGGGUUAAAACUAAAGAACCUAAUAUUAUGACUCAAGUACCAUCUAUACGGGAAAAAUCAGCAUUACUGGUAAAGUUAAUGCAAAAUGUUGAAAAGAAAUUCGCUGAUGACAUUGAAUUAAACGUCCAGUUUUUGGAAAUUAUAAAUUUUAUAUAUCGAGAUGAAGUGCUUAAACAGACUGAGCUCACUAGUAAAUUAGAAGGAGCCUUUCUAAAUGGUCUCAGAUUUCAAAAUCCACAUAUUCGCGCCAAAUUCUUUGAGAUUUUAGAUUCUUCUAUGCGUCGGAGGCUUCAUGAUAGAUUGCUGUAUAUAAUUUGUUCUCAAGCUUGGGACACAAUUGGUUCUCAUUAUUGGAUAAAACAAUGCAUUGAAUUGCUUAUUUUAACAGCAAAUACGAUGACCCAAAUUCAAUGUUCCAAUGAAGCUUUUAAGAUACCUAGCAUAACAUCAGUUAUUCCAGCAAAUUCAACUGAAACUCAGGAUAAUACAUUUGUAUCCUUUUUAUCUUCUCAAUCCGAAUCUUUUGAGAAUGUUCAGAGCGUUGAUGAUAAAGAUGACGUGUUUGAUAUCGAUUUGAAACUUGAAUUCACUGCAGCCCGGAAAGAUGACUGCCAACAAAUAUUACCGACCAGACGUGAUACUUUGAUAGAACUAAUUUAUAAACAAGCUGAAUUUCUUGAAGCAAAUCGAAAUAUACGUACCGAUCAGAUGCUUGUUGCGACCUCACAGCUAUGCCAUGUAGAUACUGAACUAGCUGAAAGUGUAUGGUUAUCGAUAUUUCCUCGCAUUUGGAAUAUAUUUACUGAAGAUCAACGGUACAACAUAACAAAAGAACUUAUACCAUUUCUUUCUUCAGGAACAAAUGUUAAUCAAAAAGAUUGUUUUCCAAGUACGCUUAAUACCUUUGUUGAAAGUUUGACCAAGUGCACACCAUCCAUAUAUAUUCCGCCAAAUUUAUUAACCUACCUGGGAAAAUCGCAUAACCUGUGGCACAGAACAAUAUUAGUUUUGGAAAAUUUAGCAUUAAAACAAUCAAUGCGAAACAAAGGCAAUAAUGAGGAUGUGGAAACAAAUCAGACUGAAUCGGAUAUCCAUCAAUCAAAUAAUAUAUAUGACUCAUUGUCAAAAAUGUACUCCGCUAUGCAUGAGGAAGACUUGUGGGCAGGUUUAUGGCUCAAAUUUGCGAACUAUCCGGAAACAAACGUGGCUGUUUCAUAUGAACAAAUGGGCUUUUUCGAAGAAGCACAAGGGGCUUAUGAUCUGGCAAUGACUAAAUUCAAGCAAGAUUUAAACAGCGGACUCGUUAGUACAAAUAUAAAUAGUGAAUUGCUACUAUGGGAAAAACACUGGAUGCGAUGUGCAAAGGAACUUAACCAGUGGGAUAUUCUAUUGGACUAUGCUCAAUCUAAUAAGGAAAAAAAUAUGUUCCUAAUACUUGAAAGUUCUUGGCGCGUCCCUGACUGGAAUCUGAUGAAAAAUGCCUUGGCGAAAACUGAGCAAUGUUAUUUAAAACACCAUGGUUUUAAACUAAAUCUUUAUAAAGGAUAUUUGUCUAUAUUACACCAAGAAGAAAGACAGACAGGAAGUGUUGAACGAUAUGUAGAGAUUGCAUCUAGUUUAUGCAUUCGUGAGUGGCGAAGAUUACCAAACAUUGUAUCUCAUAUUCAUUUGCCAUACCUUCAAGCUUCCCAACAAAUUAUGGAACUUCACGAAGCAAGUCAGAUUCACCAAGGUCUUUCACAAUCGCGCAAUUCAUCGUUGCAUGACAUGAAAGCUAUUGUAAAAACGUGGCGUAACCGUUUACCAAUCAUUUCCGAUGAUUUGUCGCACUGGAGCGACAUAUUUACUUGGAGGCAACACCACUACCAAAUAAUAACUCAACAUCUGGAGCAACAAGCAGAUCAAGGAAGUACAAUGUUGGGCGUGCAUGCAUCUGCACAAGCAAUUAUUUCUUUUGGAAAAAUUGCUAGAAAACAUAACUUGACUGGAGUUUGUCAAGAGACAUUAUCCAGAAUAUACACUAUACCAUCUGUUCCUAUUGUGGAUUGUUUUCAGAAAAUUCGUCAACAAGUAAAAUGCUACCUUCAAAUGCCAUCCACAUCCGGAAGAAAUGAAAUUAAUGAAGCUUUGGAAGUCAUCGAAUCGACAAACUUAAAGUACUUUACUGGUGAAAUGAAUGCGGAAUUCUAUGCAUUAAAGGGACUUUUGUUGGCUCAAAUUGGACGUACAGAAGAAGCUGGCAAGGCAUUUAGCGCCGCUGCACAGCUACAUGAUGGACUUACAAAAGCAUGGGCUAUGUGGGGAGACUAUAUGGAACAAAUUUUUUUGAAGGACAAACAAAUGCCAUUAGCCUCUAAUGCAUUAAUAUGUUAUUUGCAUGCAUGCAGAAACCAAAACGAAAGCAAGACUCGGAAGUAUAUUGCCAAAGUUUUAUGGUUUUUGUCUUAUGAUAACACAACCAAUACUCUUAUAAGCACUUUGGAGAAAUAUGUUUCAGGGAUUCCUCCCUCUUACUGGUUACCAUGGGUGCCACAGCUCUUGUGUUGCUUGGAACAAUUUGAGGGCGAUGUUAUAUUGAACCUUUUAAGUCAAAUUGGGCGUCUUUAUCCACAAGCGGUCUAUUUUCCAAUACGGACGUUAUAUUUGACUUUAAAGAUUGAGCAACGCGAGAAGCAUAAAUCAGCCGAACAGGCCGUAUUUGCUGGAAAAACAUUAAACUCAAAUUUGGAGACCAUUUCUUCGAGUUGCGGUAGAGGUAAUCAAGGCACUACUCCUUCAGUUAACCCUAUUAAAGCAACUCCCCCUAUGUGGCGAUGCUCUAAGGUAAUGCAAUUGCAACGAGAAGUGCAUCCAACAAUUCUGAGUUCUUUGGAAGGCAUAGUUGAUCAAAUGGUUUGGUUUCGGGAGAGUUGGACCGAAGAGGUUCUUCGACAACUGCGCCAAGGCUUAAUAAAGUGCUAUGCUAUAGCAUUUGAGAAUAGAAAUACAGUCGUCAAUGCAACCAUAACCCCCCAUACAUUACACUUCGUUAAAAAGCUAGGAUCCACAUUUGGCAUUGGGAUUGAAAAUGUCCCGGGCUCUGUAACAUCAUCUAUAUCUAAUUCUGCCGCCUCAGAAUCCCUAGCACGGAGGGCCCAAGUAACCUUUCAGGAUCCGGUAUUUCAGAAAAUGAAGGAACAAUUUACGAAUGAUUUUGAUUUUUCAAAACCCGGCGCUAUGAAAUUGCACAAUUUAAUAACUAAAUUAAAAACCUGGAUUAAGGUUUUGGAAACCAAGGUUAAAAAAUUACCGACUUCGUUUUUGAUAGAAGACAAGUGUAGAUUUUUAUCAAACUUUAGCCAGAAAACCGCUGAAGUUGAACUUCCUGGAGAGUUAUUGAUUCCUUCAUCUUCACAUUAUUAUGUAAGAAUCGCAAGAUUUAUGCCACGUGUGGAAAUAGUUCAAAAGAACAAUACUGCUGCACGAAGGCUAUAUAUCAGAGGCACAAAUGGAAAAAUCUAUCCUUAUUUAGUAGUCCUGGAUUCUGGACUUGGCGAUGCUCGACGUGAAGAGCGAGUAUUGCAAUUAAAGAGAAUGUUAAAUUAUUACCUAGAGAAGCAAAAAGAGACAAGCCGGCGUUUUUUAAAUAUAACAGUACCUCGUGUUGUCCCCAUAUCGCCACAGAUGCGAUUGGCUGAAGAUAAUCCCAAUAGUAUCUCACUAAUAAAAAUCUUCAAGAAAUGCUGUCAUAAAAUGAAAAUUGACUAUGAUAUGCCAAUUGUUAAAUAUUAUGAGCGCCUUUCUGAAGUCCAGGCUAGAGGAACUCAAACGACACAUACAAUUUUAAGAGAAAUAUUCUCCGAAAUUCAAUGGACUAUGGUCCCAAAAACUUUACUUAAAGAUUGGGCAUUGAAGACAUUUUCGGCAGCUACGGAUUUUUGGCAUUUUAGAAAAAUGCUCACGCUACAACUGGCUCUUUCUUAUCUUUGUGAACACGCGUUAAAUUUAACACGCCUCAAUGCUGAUAUGAUGUAUCUUCAUCAGGACUCUGGGCUCAUGAACAUUUCAUAUUUUAAGUUCGAUGUUAAUGAUGACAAAUGUCAGCUUAAUCAACAUAGACCAGUGCCUUUCCGCCUAACUCCGAAUAUCGGAGAGUUUAUCACCACUUUUGGAAUUUCGGGACCUCUGUCAGCAGCGAUUGUGGCUACAGCUCGUUGUUUCAUUCAACCAAAUUAUAAACUUAGCUCUAUAUUACAAACUAUUUUAAGAGAUGAAAUAAUCGCUUUGCAAAAAAAAGUCUUUAGAGAAUGUAAAUUAGUUGAGGGAGCAGAAGAGCGUUAUUCAGAAGCUAAUAAUAUGGAACAUACCGUUAGCGUUGUUAACUCCGCGGUAGAUGUUAUACUCCUCCGUUUUAAUAAAAUUUCAUAUUUUGAUAGCAUUGAAAUUAAGAAAAUAUCUAUGUUAAUACAAUCUGCCACAAAUAUCGAUAAUCUUUGUCGCAUGGAUCCAGCCUGGCAUCCCUGGUUGUAAGGGAUGUAAUGUGAGUUUAUAGAUUUUUUAUACAAUUCUAUAGUUUAAGUCAAACAUAUUUGUAAACAAAAAAGAAAGUAAAAUAAAUGAUUAAAAUUUCCGUCAAGCAUCGCA